CCGGUUGCCAAGGAAUGUAUAUCUUCUCGUAAACGCUGUUUUCUCCUAAAAUAUGAUUUUGGUCAUUGAAACUUUGACUCAAAUUUGGGAUUGUGAAAGUUGUAACAAUGUAAAUCAAGUGCUUGGAGUUGUAUUUUGGGAUUAAACAGGAUAAGUUGAUGUGAUAGUUUCAUAAGCGACCCUAUGACAAUAGAUCAAUAGUUAUUCAAUAUAUUUUAUUAAGUUAUAGGUCUAGUAUAGAGGUUAUAUUCGAUCUCCCGAGAACUAUGGAAGUAAAAAUGGGGGAUACAUUAUUUCAUAAAUCAAACCAGAGCCAUUACCCAUAUUGGGUCAAUGUGCCACCUACUGUACCAAAAUAUCCAGUACCAAAUGAAAUGUUCCGAAGAGAAUCCCCAGAGAAAUUUACAUAUAAAACCGGACCCGAUUCUUGGCAGAAUUGGACUGAUAAAUGGAGUGAUUAUAGUAAAAUAGGAUAUCAUAAACGUCGAUUGGAAGAGUUACCAAAACGUCUUGAUGCCAGGGAGCCGUGCUCUAGGCGAAUGAUGUAUAAUAUUGGUACUUCUGCUACACCAACGUGGUCACGGGAGGGCAAAGACUGGCCAGUAGAUGAUAAUAAAUAUAUGCGUAACGGUCGUCCAGCCACAGAAGUGAAAAGAGCAAAUGCUAUUUAUCGUCUGAGUGAUCGGGAUGAAAAACUAUACCCCUUUUCAAACUAUAUGACAUCCACCUACAGGCGGCCCGUUUAUUCCGUAUUUGGACCUUUACAGAAAAGGGAAGUGUAUGGCAUAACACAUCAACAUAACCGACAUGGUUUCAUGCCAUUUGAAGAUUAUUACUGAAGUUAUCGGGAUAGCUUUUGUUGAUAGUUGUUUUGUUUUCAAAAGUAUGUAAAAAAAAAGUCGAUAUAACAUUAAUAAAACCCUUAAGUG